UUAUGCAACCACAGUUCAUUUGCAACAUGCACUCACUCUUCGGUGAGGAGAAAGGACCGUGGCGUUGAAUGGUUCAUUGAACUACUUUCCGCAAGCCGGCUAGUCCGUACAAACUAUGCUUGCCGUAUUUCAUUACAUGACAGGUUGGCCUAUUUCGAACGAUUCACGUAACCUUGCACAUAUUUUUUUUCUUCUUCGUACAGGCACAAAUCCACGUAAUGGUUGUUUUGGCCACCGCCCUGACACCGGCAAUCGCCGGCUACCGGUAUUCCAGCUUUCACAAUUCGCCCUAUGACGAUGAGGACAGCAUCGAGGACAAUAUUUCGUUGGCUAGCGAAAGUGACGAGAUCAAUCAGAACGCGAUCGUUACCCACUCGCAGAAGCAUGCAACCUACUCGGUGCCAAUCUAUCAGAAGAUUGGUCCGGUGCCACAUCCGAUUCCAGUGGCUGUUCCACAGUACGUCAAAAUCAACGUCCCGCAGCCUUACCCGGUGCAGGUCAACGUAGAGCAGCCGAUCAAGGUACCGGUCUACAAGAUAGUUCCGAAAAUCAUCGAAAGACCAGUGCCCUACACGGUGGAAAAAUCGUACCCGGUUGAGGUGGAGAAACCUUUCCCGGUGGAAGUGCUGAAGAAGAUUGAAGUUCCCGUACCAAAGCCAUACCCGGUGCCAGUCCCGAUCUACAGACACGUUACCCACAAGGAGAACCCACGCCGGACUUGGCGUUGGUGAACUUCUAUGCCAUGUUGUUAGCUAGUGUUACUGUUGACUUAUUUAUUACGCUUCAACUAACUUGUUAUCAAUAAAUGUUAUAUGUUUUGGAUGGGAUUCUAUUUUGAUCAGAAAGAAAUUGUUAGAAAAUACUCACUUCUAUCAAAGUACGGCAGCCAGGUGUACUUUUCGCCUUUGACGGUGUCGUUAUCGUGCUCUGAGCAUUGUUGUGCCCGGAACGAUGGGACUUCUUUCGGACAUGGAUCGGUAUUACAGGUUUUGUACCGGGCACGCUCGCCUAUGCAAAACAAUCCACCGUUUGCAGGCGAAGGAUGAUCGCAUUCGCGUGUUUGUUUGGCAACUCCACCUCCGCACUCUCGAGAGCACUCGCUCCAAGUAUUCCACUCACCCCAGCCUCCAUCUACCGGUGGCGGUGGAUCCUCAACGUCUACACACUGUUGGUUUUGGCACCACUUCCGUUUGCCGCAGUGAGUCCCAGGGGCAGCAGGUCGCAUCAUGGUCAUGCAGACGUCGUCCACCAAGCACCACAGCUGUACGCAGAUUUCGUCCAGUUUGGA